AUGUAUGAAUGCAUCUACGGCUUCACACCUUUUGCUUGCGACGAUCGGCAAGAGACGAAGAUCAAGAUCUUGCAUCACAAAAAGACUCUACACUUUCCUACUACUGACCGUAUGCCAGAGCCGAGCAUUGCGGCCUUGGAUUUGAUGAUGCAGAUUCUGGUGGAGAAGGAGAAACGCUUAUGCAGCUUGCAAUACCAAGCAAACGACUACGGGAGAAGGCUCCAGGGUGCUCAGAUGGUGCGAUGUCGCGUGGAUAAAACACACCCUGAUUAUCCUGGCUAUUUCGUCUUCGCGAACGAUGCUGAGGACAUCAAACGUCAUCCAUUUUUCCACGGGGUAGACUGGAAGGGCGUUCGCAACAUUCGCCCUCCGCAUAUGCCCCUGGUCCGACACUGUCUUGACACGAAGUAUUUCGAUGAUGAGGGACCUGUCUCGGACAUUGACUCAACUUCAAGUAUCGAGGAGGAUGGCACUCGCUUUACCAAGGGGCCCAAUGUACCAGCCAUGCGGUGGCCAUUGCCCAAGCCUUCAAUUCCAGGGAAGCAUCUUUCACAACAUCAGCACGAGGCUCAGCAUAUCGUACCUUCUUUCGCCGUAAAAGCGGCUGGUAACGGCCAUGGUGAGAUAGAGGAACAAGCAUCUAGACAGCCAAUCAUGCCGCCUACCAACGACUGUGCUAGCCAUGCACCUACGCUUGUAGAUUCCGCAAAUCAAGUUGAUGGACCAUCUGAGAAAAUCGUACCAAUCACAGUCAAGACACAAAAGAAAGAGAAAAAGCGGCCUAGAGACAUAAUCCUCCGAGACCCAGCGACUGCAGAACAAGCCAUGAAAAUCCGCAAAGCGACUGCUUUCCUUGGCUAUGAAUAUAAGAAGCCUGCAAUGAUCGAAGAAGUUCUCAGACAGGCAAUUGUUGGCGGUGACCUUGCAGGAACAGUGAAAUGCCAGCGAGAGCAAGGCCACAACAAAGAAUAUUAUGCUCAGGUGACCCAGAGCCCGAUGUAUCACGAAGUGGGAGGUCAUAUUCAUCCGAACGUGAAGAGGCCACGGCUCUGA